AGCAGAUGAGCGACUUCCUAAAAACACAUUCCGCCACCCUCUGCCUGAGGCCUGUCAUGUUGUUGGAGACAUUUUAACUUUGUGUCGACAGCCACUGUACAGACCAACUACACGCAGCUCCACUCCAGCUGGUUCAUGCCGUCUGCGAUCUGCUACUUGUACUUCCACAGCUGAGGAGCGGUACAGCAACUACAAGUUGUACAUUUCCUGGAUGGAAACGGACAGUCUGCUGACCGAGAGUGUGAAAGGAGGCCCCGGUGUUUAUGGCUCCUGGUCGGGCCCAGAGCACGAAGGGGCCCCGGGCAGCAGACAGAUGUCGCACUCUUUCGCAGGGGAGUCGUGUAGUGUCGAGGGGGACACAGGUCAUGAGGACCUCUACGUCCAACAAGCUGUUGUAUUCAUUGAGGAUGCCAUACAGUACCGGUCCAUCAACCACCGGGUGGAUUCCAGCUCACUCCACCUGUAUCGAUGGUACUACUCCAAGAUAUGCCAGUGGUGCUUGGGCCUGACCAUUGCGGUGGUGUUGUUGCUAGCAUUUGUGGAACGUCCGUCCUCCCUAUCGGUCUCCUCAGACCCCCGACAUCGCUCUCCGCCCUGGGAGCCUCCCUGCGGCUUCACUGAGAGCAUCGAGAUGGUCUGCCUCAUCAUCUUCUCUCUUGAUCUUGCUGUCAAGAGCUACUUGAUUGGCUGGGAGGAAUUCAGGAAGAGCAAAUGGCUAAUUGGCUACACUGUAGUCAUUUCAGUCUCCAUCAUUGACUGGGUGUUGUCAGUCAGCAUGGUGUGUGAUGAGAAACUGAGAGUACGACGACUCCUUCGGCCAUUCUUCCUCCUGCAAAACUCCUCCCUGAUGAAAAAGACACUGAAGUGCAUCAAGAGGACUCUGCCAGAGAUUGCCAGUGUCAUCCUGCUGCUGGCACUCCAUCUCUGCCUGUUCACCAUGAUUGGCAUGCUGCUGUUUGUUAAAACUGAGGAUCCAAAGAAGAAUGGGGAGUGGGAGUUACAUUUCAGAAACCUUCCUAAUUCCCUUACUUCUCUGCUGGUGCUGCUCACCACAGCCAACAACCCAGAUGUGAUGAUCCCUGCCUACUCCAUGAACAGAGGCUACUCCAUUUUCUUUGUCGCCUUCAGUGUAAUUGGAACCUACUGUCUGAUGAACUUACUGACAGCCAUCAUUUAUAACCAGUUCAGGGGAUAUUUGCUGAUGUCAGUCCAAACGUCCAUCAUCAGGAGACGACUAGGAAUCCGAGCUGCUUUCCAAGUCCUCAGCUGCCAGGGAGCCCGACGGGCCACUGAGGAGCAUGUGCCUGUUGAUGUGGUGCUGGAAGUGAUUUCCAGAGUGAAGAUGAAGAGCUACUACAGAGCAGCAAUCACUACGGAGGCACAGCAGUAUGCAGAUGUUGGCUAUAUGGAUCGAGAGCAGUUCCGGAAGAUAUUUGAAGAACUGGAUAAAGAUCGCAUCAAGGAGCACCCUCCUUUGCCUCAGUACAACUCUCCAGUCCUGAAGAGUCUCCAGGUGAUCUUCAGUCACUACUAUCUCACUAUACUUGGCAACGCAGUGGCACUAGCCAAUGUCAUGUGCAUAUGUACCAUCCUCGUGUUGAACUCUGAAAAGACCACAGCAGAGAGAGACAACUACAUCUUGGAGAUCAUCAACCUGUGCUUCAUACUCUACUACCUGUUUGAAAUGUGUGUGAAGAUCUUUGCCUUCGGCUGGAGAGGGUACCUUUCUUACAGGAACAACAUCUUUGAUGGCUUCCUCACCAUCCUGCUAUUGGCCCUACAGAUCACUAUUUAUGCCACCUACAGGCUUCCUCCUUCUCGCUGGGAUCCAUCCUCUCAUGGUAUAAUGUCUCUGUGGGAGAUGGUUCGAUUGGUCAACAUGCUGAUUGUCUUCCGCUUUCUGCGCAUCAUCCCAGAUAUCAAGCUUAUGGCUUUGGUUGCAAGCACACUGUUGGACCUGGUGAAAAACCUCAGAGCCUUUGCAGGGAUACUGGUGGUGGUGUACUAUGUUUUUGCUGUGUUUGGGAUCUGGCUGUUUGAAGGAGCCAUUAAACCUCCUCCAGAGAUGAGCGUGCUCUCCAAUACCUCCAUGGAGAACAUCACCUUCAACUUCAGCAUGGAGUGUGGCACAUAUGAACAGCUUGGAUACUGGCCAAACAACUUUGAUGACUUUGCUGCAUCCAUCAUUUUGCUGUAUGACGUCAUGAUAGUUAACAACUGGCAAGCCUUCAUGGAUGCAUAUAGCAGAUACACCACAGAGUGGUCCAAGGUCUACUUUGUGUGCUGGUGGCUCACCUCCUCCGUCAUGUGGGUGAACUUGUUUGUUGCGCUCAUUUUAGAGAACUUCAUCUACAAGUGGGACCGCAGUCACAGCUGCUCUGUAACAGAUGUGGAGAGGAUCAGAUAUGAAACCUCUGUUCAGCUCAUGUUCAAGGAGCAGAUCCAGGAGCCAACAGAAGAGGAAUUACUUUUUCAACUAAGCCAGCAUCCCCACUUACACCUACACUGGUGACACACACACACACACACACACACACACACACACACACACACACACACACACACACACACACACACACAACACCAGCACCUACGUGAAGUUAAGACACUGCUAAUAAAUGAGUCUACUGUGUAGGAAAGGCCAGAGAGGGCAAUAUUAUUGCAUUCUACCACUAGUUUAUUUUAAUAUGUAUUAUUGUAAUAUGUAACUACUACUGAAACCAGUAGGAAGCACGUGUUUUAAUUAUUUGUCAUGUCAUUCAUGAGUAAAACCACUGAGAGCUCCAGUUUCAGUUGUGCAAAGAUUUGUCAUUGGUAUGGGCUCGCUGGAGGCAGAUGUCAAGCCAUUGGUUGAGUUGAACAUGAGUGGAUGGAGCUAAAGAACCUCAAGUUGUGUGCCAACUCCUUACUGAAUUACUAUACAGUAUCUAUUUGUGUUUUUGCAGUAAGUGUACAACAAAAGCUCCUUCCUAUUUUACAUUUGGAGACUGCAUAUAGAGGAAGCAAAUCCAGAUUUCCAAUUGUCACAACUAGUUUAUGCUUUUGUUUGCAAAACUGUGGCCCCACUGCCCACAAGACAAUUAAUUUCACUACAGUGAAAAAAAUGGAAUUGCCAUCAAUAUUAUUCCACGAAAUUUGGGGUUUUGCAUUGCAGUUGUCCAGCCAAAGAAAUCCAGGUAUAUUAUCUCAUUACACUCUGUACAUGUUUUAGCAAAGAAUAUACGAAAACUGCUGCUGUAAAAUGAGAACUUAAAUAUAUGGUGCUAGUUUACAAAGACAAAACAGAUUUUAUCUUUCAAUGGAUGUGAUCGUUCUAGGACUUAAACAAUAAACAACUUUGUGGAAACUCAGAAGUUAAGUUGACCAGCUUUUUAUAAAAUCAAAUCUUACUCCCAGUGACUUAAGCCCCUUUCGCAAUCAACCUACAACAUUACUCCCAAGUGGUCUCCUAUGUGGAACAUGUUUACGUUGUGUCUUUUUUUCACACGAUGGACCACCCCGGGUGGGUUAGGGUGUUUUUUCCAGUGUACUGCAGGAGAACAACAUUGAGUUCGAAAACAAUGAGAGCACAGAAGAAGAACAUUUUGUGGUGUAGCAAAUGACAUGCAUGAGGUCAGCAGCCGCCUUCUCUUCCCUUGCCACUGACGACUUCCUUGGGGCACAGCCAGUCUUGAAACUACAUUGGAGACCACUGUCAUCUGAAACCACCAACCUGUGUUGACAUUACUGGGGAAAACAGGAUUCUUGAGGGUGGGGGACUGUGGGAGCUAAGUUAUUAUUGCCUCCGCAAAGGAGGUUUUCGUUUCAUGCAACAACAGGAAGUACAGCAACGAAAACAGUUUUACUGGUAUCCUAUACUGAUUACCCUGGACACCUCCUCACAAGAAGAGGGAAGGAUAUCAAUUAAAAAACAGCCUAAGAGCAACAUCAGCUGGACUUGGAUUAUCGACUUUAAGCCAGAAAACAGAUUUUGAUAUUAGUUAAACUUGUUAUAUGUAUUGUGUCAUAUUACUGCCAUUCCCUCUACUUGAAACUACACCUCUUCUGUUAAUCUACAUGAGGAGAUUAGAGUCGGUGAAGAGCAGCAACCUGCAGCUCAUUAAUAGGAUUCAGAAUACACAAGACAAAUGUUGACAAGCAACAGUGGUUACAACUCGCUCUGUGGGUUGUUUGCCAGCUGUCCGUAGUGAUAAUCAGAGGGUCACUGCUCACUAAGCCCACCUGCUGUUCACUUUCAUCAGUUAGAUAUGACUUAGAAAUCUGUUUCCUAAUUUGUAGUAUCUAACAGUGCCCAAAUCAUGUUAGUAAAAGACGUCACAGAUGAGCUCGGGUAUUAUUGAAUUAAUUCCUAUUUUGCUGACUUGAUGUAGAUGCUGUAGCUCAGGCUGUUGGGGCUGGAUUGUUAUACUGGAAUUGUAUAGGGACUUUUAAUCGGUGCUUCUACAAUGUGUGGAAUGCAAUUAUCCAAACCAGGAAGUACACCUUUAGCUGAAAAGUGAGUACUUUUCAGCUAAAGUGCCUACUCUACUCCAAAAAGGCACUCCAAAGCAUUUUCUGUUUUUAGCCACUGCCCAUCAGAGGGGCAUGCAUCCUCUGCAUGCAACUGCACAAAGUGAAACACAAUCAUCAGAUACAUGUGCCAAAUUAUUUUUUUCGGUCCAUGUAAAUGCAGUAGUCCAUAAGGACAUGUUCUAAAUGUUUCUGACCUACACACACACACACACACACACAUUUCACUGAAACUUGAUUACAGGUUUUGUACAUCCUGCUAACUAACAAUCAGACACAUGGAACCAAAAACAGAAGGUCCUUGGAAGUAAAUUUAGUGUUUCAUACUAGCAAUUUUUUGGUUUUUUUUGUUAGUUUUUUUUUACACCAAUUUCCAAUUCAAGUGAAUGGGCUGGAGAGGCUGGAGGCUGCUUGCUGGAUUAUCAUUCAUCCAUAAAUUGGAUUAACAAGGGCUCAGUAAAUAUGAUCACAUGUUCUGCGUUUGCACAGUGAUAUCUGCCAUGAAGCGAGUGUCUCAGAGAAAGGGAUAAGCUCACUGCUUGUGACUGACUGGAGAUUUUUUUUCCAGACAGGACCUACUCUGCCUUGGUAUUUAUUUAUAUACAGUUCAUAUGCAUUUUAUUUCGGGAAAAGAUUUUUAUACUAAGAUCUUUGGGUGUACAAGAAAGUUGGAAUGAAAUAUCCUGGCAUUUGAAUUAACUUGAGGUGUAUUUAAAUCUGCAUCUUGUCAACCUCUGUUUUUUAUGCCUCAAAAACUGAUUUUUAAUUAAAUAUUUUGCAACAAUUCAAAGACUUAUUUUGCAAUUUUUUGUAUUUUUAUCAAAGUAAACUCUUCAAUAGGGGGUAUCACCACUUGGGUGGCAAUUUCAGUUUUAAAUUAGCCAGUAAGCUGUGCACACACACACACACACGUAUGUAUUCCUCAAGUAUAGAAAUUCCCAGUUCAUUCUUGGUGUCGCUAAACUGAUGAGCUCCUGGCCUCAAAGAUUUGUAUUUUGUUGUUGACUGAUUCCUUUUAAAAAAUAAAUGCAUUGCAGCCAUUCAGUUGCUCCAUGUCACUUGUGUUGGUGUGUAGGUGUGCUGUAUAUAGAUGAUAGACCAUAGGGAGAUCAAAGAUCAUGUAGAGCACGAGCCGUGGAGAUAUUGGAACAGUAGCAACUGAGUGAAGUCCACUCGAUAUCACAUUAGUGUUGUUGUGAAUACUGUAUAAGUAUUCCAGUGACAACACAGGUAUGAGUUCCUCACAGCAUCCAAGAAUCAUCUAUUAGACCAGUGCUUAACUGUGGGGCAUAUUUUGACAUGAUAAGUACAAGAUGGACAGAUUUGUGACAGGGAAGAAAAGAAGAAUUGGUGAUACUUAUCAAGUAAACAUGUCAGACC